CGGAGCCGGAGCCGGAGCUGCCCCGCGCGGUCCUAACGCCCACCCCCGGGUCCAGGGUCCACAGCCCCCACCACGGCGGAGCGGCUUUGUAAUGGAGCGAGUUGCAUGGCCGUUGAUGUGUGUGUGUGUGUGUGUAACGAUUGUGUUGCAGGGCUCGGGGUCUGCGAGGUAAAACAUGACGUUUCUGAAGCGGAGGAGGCCUGUCAAAGGCACCGAGGAACACCCGCGCCAACAGGAGGAUGAACAGCCCAAAGACAAGUCCAGAAGCGGUCCAACAGCAAUAAAGCAUGCAACCCUCGUGGUUGGCGGAUUCCUGGGACUGUUCUUAGGACUGAUCACCUCGGUUUACGUUACAACUUUGCACGAAAAUGAUCUGUGGUUUUCAUCUAUCCAGGAGGUGGAGAGGGAAAUCUCCUUCAGGACAGAAUGUGGUCUGUACUAUUCAUAUUACAAGCAGAUGCUGCAGGCUCCAACCAUAAUCCAAGGAUUGAAGGAGCUCAUGUAUGACAAUCACACUGAAUCAAGGAGGACAAUAAACCUCCUAAAGCGGAUGAACAUUUACCAGGAGGUUUUCCUAAGCAUUUUGUACAGGAUUUUGUCUCUUCAGAAUUACCUGGAACCGGUUUACUUCUAUGUGUACACGGUAUUUGGACUCCAGGCGCUCUAUGUCAUUUCAUUAUAUAUGACCAGUUGGUUAUUAAGUGGGACCUGGAUAUCAGGGGCACUAGCAGCUUUGUGGUACAUACUAAACAGAAUAGACACAACGAGAGUGGAGUUCACCAUUCCUUUGAGGGAGAACUGGUCACUUCCGUUUUUUGCAUUGCAAAUAAUGGCAAUUACAUAUUAUCUCCGACCGCAACUUAAACCAUUCCAGCAACGCCUGUCCCUCACUUUGAUCGUGGUUUCGACAUUCCUUUUCUGCAUUACCUGGCAGUUUAACCAGUUUAUCUUACUAAUUCAAGCUGUGGCUCUCUUUUCAUUGGAUUGCUUAAAUAUGGUGCCAGCAUCCAAGGCACUGCCCUGUAUACAAGAAUACCUUUUUUCUGGAAGUACAGAAGUUAAGCAAAAGGUUAGAUCACUAUAUCUCGUUCAAGUAGUUUCGUUGCUUCUGGUCUGGAUCCUACAAUUUAAUAAUACUAUGCUCCUGGGGUCACUGGUUCUGAGCUUCAUACUUGCUGCUUUAGUAGUGCAGCACUUUCAGAAGAAUUUAAAAUGUGGCACAUUUGCUAUAAGAGUAGCAAAACUAAUGCUGCAUCUAAUUGUGGUACUCAGCUUAACAAUCCUAACAAAUAACAUCAUCAAGAGAAUUUUAGGACUAGAAUCCGAUGAACAUAUUUUUAAAUUCCUUAAAGCAAAGUUUGGAUUUGGGGCAACAAGGGAUUUUGAUGCUAAAUUGUACCUAUGUGAAGAAGCUUUUGGCCUUCUGCCUCAUGACACCUUCCAGAGACUUCUGCACACGUUGAUUUUGCCCUUGUAUCUUCUGGUUCUGGUUGUUACACUGAUCGUUGCUGCCAUUGUUGCUAUUGGAAAUCUCGGUAACUGUUCCACACCAUUCCAGAAUUUGCCUGUUAAAGAAGAGAAAGUGAUUGUGAUGAGACCAGACGUAGCCUACAAUCUAAUGCACAAUGUGUUAUUUGGUCUGCUAGCUUUGAGUACAAUGAGGAUGAAAUAUCUAUGGACAUCCCACGUGUGUAUGUUUUCAUCAGCAGCAAUUUGCAGCCAUCAUUUUUGGAGUCUAAAUCUCAAAGCAAUUCGCCUUUAUUCUCCUCAGUGGGUCCGUGCUGUGAGGUUUGCAGUGCCAAUAUUAAUCUGUAUUUACCUUUAUCACGAGUUCUGGCCAAAGAUAAUGGCUGAACUCUCAGAUUUAAGGGAAUUCUAUGACCCUGAUACAGUUGAAUUAAUGAACUGGAUCAACAUGAACACUUCCCGUGAUGCUGUGUUUGCUGGGAGUAUGCAGUUACUGGCAGGAAUCAAGCUUUGUACUGGAAGGACCAUAACUAAUCACCCUCACUACGAAGAUAAAAAGUUACGGGACAGAACAAAGCAGAUCUAUCAGAUUUAUUCCAAACGCCCCCCUGAUGAGGUGUACAGGAUCUUGCGUUUGUAUGGAACAAACUACAUUGUUGUUGAGGACAGUAUCUGUUAUGAAAGAAGGCACAGUAGAGGCUGUCGUUUGAGAGACCUGCUUGAUAUUGCAAAUGGUCAUGUGAUGGAUGGUUCUGGGGAAAAUGAUCCUGACUUGAAGACUUCUCCUUAUCCUCGGUUUUGUGAUGAAAUCAAAUCAACUGCACCUCCAUAUUCUACCUAUUUCUCUCGUGUGUUUAAAAACAAAACUUUUCAUGUCUACAGGCUAAAGAAAAAGAAGGAGAUGCAUUAACACAAGUAGAAUUUCGUACCUGUUCAAUAUUACAUUAUAGGUGAUAGAUGUUGGCUUUAACAAUAGAAAAUGCAAGCCAAAUUCAUGUAAGAAACUAAGUUUAUAUCUGAGAUUGAUAGCUCUGUUCCUUCUCAGAGCUGCGGUUAAUGCUCAUUAUUUCUAAUUCAAUCCGAAAUAUAAGGUUCAAUAUCAGUUAAAUCUGUUGCUUGUUGAUGCACUGUGCUUUUCAGUUGUAUUUAUACAUUUUUACUUGCUAUUUGGAACAGGAAUUUUACUUACACUGUUUUUCAUUUGUACAAUAUUCCAUAAACUGAAUGUACUGUAAUUUAUUUGCUGGUCACUACUGCAUAAUUUCUUUUAAUCAAAUGUUUCUUUGCAACACUUUAAUGGAAAUAAGGCAGUAUUUAUUUGAGUUGUUAAACAUAGUAUUUUAAAUAGCAUUUAUCUGCACAAUCCUACACUUGUAGGUGUCACAUAAAUGUGCUUUUUACAUUUGUCAACAUGGAUGAAAUUACGGUUUCAAUUACUAAUGAUAUUAGAAAACUAUCGAUAUUGUAAAUUAUAAAUAACAAAGUUAACAUUGACAUUUAGUGCCAAAUUAGAUGAUUAAAUUUGUUUGAUGCUAUUGCAGUAUAAAAACAUUUUUCCACAGUUACACAGUUGAACAUUUAUACUGAUAACAGUAAAGUCAAGCAGAAGUCUUAGUCUUGCAGCAGUUCCCAGGAAAGAUCUCUGCAUUGCUGACAUUGGGGAUUGAUCAUUGCUGGUUAUUUGGUGACGCAUAAAUACUGCAAUUUUAUUGAAGUUGAAUGUAAAAUUAUACUGUAUUUUCUGUAAUGGAUAUUGUUACACAGUAACUAGGGUCUUUGCAUGUCGAAGGUUAUUGCAUGCAGUCAACUGCCUGAAUAGUCACAACUACUAAGAAUAACAUUACUCGAUGUUAGUGCCAAAUGUGUCUGAUGUUUUGGAAGAAAAUUAAUGUUCUUUUUUUUGUUAGCUACCGUCUGCCAUCCCUUCUAACCAGUCAUUUAGUCUCUGGUCCUAUGCUGUUCUUUCCAGUUGUAAGAGCAGAGUAGCUCGCAAUGCUGUACUGUUGAUAUUGUAUCUGUGUCCACACAAGAUAAGGUGUACACUGAAGGAUAACAGGGAUUCCGUUUUUAUUUACACUGAUUUUUCUGAAGUUACUGAUAUUAUGUCACGCAAUUACUUAAUAAGUUAUUCAGUUGAUUCUUAGCCCUUUGUACUGAACACAUUUACAUUUAUUUUUUUUUAUCCAUUGUCUCAGUGCCAAUAUUGGCAUUUAACAAUGCCGUGACAAUUACCUACAGAAUACUGUACCCUCCAAGUGUUAUUACUUUCUUUAUCCACUUUGUACAGCAAUUGUAAAUUUUGAAAUAAAAUCCCUGAAUUUAACGAUUUCAA